GGAGGGAGGUUUUAGGUCUCUGACCGGCGGCGGCGGCGGCGGCGGCCGAGCAGAAACACGCACGAUGCGUACCAUAUCGCCCUCCAAGAAGACCUCGUUUCCAGCGCUGUCGUGUAUCCAGGGUCGGUGGAGGACGUGCAGGCGAUCGUGCGGUGGGCCAACAAGCACAAGAUCCCAAUCUACCCCAUCUCCAUGGGGAGGAAUAUCGGGUAUGGCGGCACGGCGCCGCGAGUCCCGGGGAGUGUGGUGAUCGACCUCGGCCGGAGGAUGAAUCGGAUCCUGAACAUCGACGCAGAAAAUGCCUCGUGCCUUGUUGAGCCGGGCGUUUCGUACUUUGCGUUGUACGAGGAGAUCCAGCGGAGGAAGCUGCCGCUCUGGAUCGAUACCCCGGACGUCGGGGGAGGCAGUGUACUUGGUAAUGCCAUCGACAGAGGCGUGGGAUAUACGCCGUACGGGGACCACUUCGCAAACCACUGCGGCAUGGAGAUCGUCCUUCCGAAUGGCGAACUCCUUCGGACAGGAAUGGGAGCACUACCGGGCAAGGAUGGGGCCGACAACCCAACGUGGCAGUCAUUCCAGCCGGCGUACGGGCCCUACGUCGACGGCAUCUUCUCGCAGAGUAACUUCGGCAUCGUCGUCCGCAUGGGUAUCUGGCUGAUGCCGGAGAUUGGCCAUCAGUCCUAUGUCAUCACGUUCCCGCGCGAGGAAGACUUCCCGGAGAUCGUCGAGAUCAUCCGGCCGCUGGCGCAGCAGCGAAUCCUCGGCAAUAUCCCGCAGCUGCGGCACGUCAUCCAGGAGCUCGCCACCACGGCCAGGCCCAAAUCUGACUUCUACAGCGGGCCGGGGCCGAUCCCCCGCGAGGCCAUCCGGGAGCAUGCGGCCAAGCUGCCGCUGGGCGACGUGUCCUGGGUGUUCUACGGCACGCAGUACGGCGACGCGGCCAGCAUCGCGAAGCAGCUCGACGUGAUCCGGACCGCCUUCUCCAAGAUCCCGGGGGCCAAGAUGCUCCUUCCGGAGGACCUGCCGGCAGAUCACUACCUGCACUCGCGGGUGAGCGUGUGCAGCGGCGUGCCGGUGCUGCGCGAGCUCGACUGGCUCAACUGGGUGCCCAACGCGGCGCACCUGUUCUUCAGCCCGAUCGUGCCGACGCGGGGGCGCGACGCCAAGAUCGUGCACGACAUCGUGGUGCGGCUGCACGCCAAGCACGGCCUGGACCUGAUCCCGACGCUGUGCGUGGCGGGGCGCGAGAUGCACUACAUCGUCAACAUCGUGUACGACCGGUCGUCGCUCGACGAGAAGCGGCGGGCGGCGGCCUGCAUGCGCGAGAUGAUCGCCGAGGCGGCGGCCGAGGGCUACGGCGAGUACCGCACGCACAUCCUGUUCGCGGACAUGGUGGCCGGCACGUACAACUGGGGACAGAACGCGCUCAUGCGCUUCAACGAGACCAUCAAGGACGCGCUCGACCCGAACGGCAUCCUGGCGCCGGGCAGGAACGGCAUCUGGCCCAAGCGGUUCCGCGGGAAAGGCUGGGAGAUUCUUGGCACCGAGGUCGAGGACGCGCUGGAGGGCAAGGGGAUUGGCCCGAAGCCCAGAGCGUAAGUGUAGGCAGGGCUGGCCUGCCUGUCGUGUUGUCGAUGGUGUCGUUUGUUUUGCCGUGCAGAAUCAAGAUCCGAGGUGAUGUUCAGCCGUUCAAGCGUCUGGGACUGAUUGGUUG